AUGGCAAAAGAAGGCUCCUGCGGACCAACAAAAAGAGUUGCUCCCAUCAGUGCCACCGCGUACGCUUUCUCCCUCAGCACUCCCAAAAACAAGAAGACUAAACUAUCAGAUGUCAACACGUCGACGUACAAUACCCUGCAAACGCCUACUAGAGUGAAGAGGGAAUUCACAACACCUCAACCUCCUUCUUUCCACACUCCUGGUCCGUUGAAACCAUCACUUCAGCCAUUAGCAGAUGAUAAAACGGAAACAGAAGAGGAGAAACCACUCCAAGCUAUUUCGAGCAUCGAAACACCUCGACGUCCAUCCACUGUUUACAAGCCCCUCGGCUCUUAUAGCUCACCAAUCGUCCAGCAGCUCAAAUCUGGCGAUCCCGGUCCGUCCACUUCUAAAACUCUUCGACGGCUGAAUGAAAGAGUCGGUCAAGUAUUCACUCCCGGGAAAGGACCUCAAGACGAAACCGACUUAAAACCCAGAUUUGCUUUGCACGAAACGUUACUUUCCGAGAAAACAGCCGAUGAUCUUUUCUCUAAAAAGAGAGCCGCCCUAUUGGAGGAAGACGAAGGCUUAGGAGUUUCCCCAAGGGGCAAAAGAAUAUCCAAGUGGACAAGUAAAGGAGCUCCACCCCCUUCAGUCCAACUUGCAAACAUCAUUUCAUCCUCCAACGCAUCUCUGCAUCUUUUCUACACAUCAAUGCAGCAUCUCCUGUACCCCGCACAAAAAGUUAAUGCGUCUCUUCCUCGAUCGUCAAGAUCGAAUAUACACAGCAAGGUGAACAAGUUGUCUCCUUUUGAUCACAUCGAACAAUCCGCUACAAUACGUCUUCGCAUAUCUCAAGUCGUGCAAGGUCCGACCCAACAUUCAUCCAUGUUCUGGUGUGAACCCAUCAAGUGGAGAUCGCCCUCGGAAAUUCCUGACAAAGUGCUCAUUUUGCUCCAACCUCUUCCUAAUGGAUGUUCGAAAUUAGGAAUAGACCCUUAUCUUUUAGCUAUGAAAGUGGAAGAUGACAGGCAGAAAAAGUGGCAUGUUGGUGUGUGGGCAUGGAGUGAAGUAAAACUACCCGUGAACGAAAUGAGCCUGCAGUCAGAAGAAAAGAAUGGAGAGAUGGAGGUAGAAGGGGAUCAGCCGCGUUCAGCCUUUAUUGUAACAAGGUAUCUGAUUGCUGAAAAGCCCCCAAGUGUAUAA